AUAUUGGUGGCACCAGUGUUCCUAUCACCAUAACGCAACAAAACAUAGAAGUCGCGUCAGUACUUAAAUUUAAACCUUUUGAAGAGUGGCUUUCUACCUUAUCCAACAAUGUUCUUACUGCAGAUAAGAAAGAACUUGAAAUCAAUAAAAUUGAAAUUCAAAAUGUCGACUUUUUUGGUUCAAGAAUUGGAUUUGUUAAAUUCAAAGUAGAUGCAAAACUCAUUGAAAAUGGAAGAAAUGUUCCUGGAAUUGUUUUUAUGGAUCCAAAUAACCAAAUUUUAAAGGAGCAUGUUGUUAUUACCUAUCAACCACGUUUGCCCGUCCCAUCUUUUAAUUUCCCAGAGAUACCUGCAGGUAUAAUUAGAAUAGUUUGUCGGUUGUAUAUUGAAUGUAUUCCAAUUUGUACACCUUUAUCUAUUACGGAAAUAGGAAUGCUCGAUGGAUCGGGCAAUUUCACCGGAAAAGCUAGCGAAGAAAUUAAAGAAGAAACGGGAAUUGAAAUAAGAGAUCAAGAUCUUAUUGAUUUGACCGAACUGGCCUAUGGAAAUAAAUUUAGAGGAGCGUAUCCAUCACCCGGUGGUUGUGAUGAAUUCUUAAGACUAUGCUUGUGUAUUAAGGAAAUGGAUCACGGAGAGGUUAAAAGUUUAGAAGGAAAACUCUGUGGGAUACGAGAUCAUGGAGAAAGCAUUACAGUUGGAUUGGUAGAGUUAGAUGAUCUAUGGAAAAUUCCCGAUAUGAAGGCAUUGUCGGCCCUAACUUUGUAUAAUGCACUAAAAAAGAAUGGCAAACUUUAA